AUGAUCCCUAAAAACUACCAGCAUGUCCUUGCUUUUGUUUUUGCCAUGAGUGAGAUCAAUAAAGAUGCCAAGUUAUUACCCAACAGCACACUGGGAGCCAAAAUCUAUGACAAUGCUUUCAAUGCAAUAAGGACUUACUGGACCACUCUAGAUCUGCUAUUCAGAGGACUGAGGAAUCCUUCUACCUACAAAUGUAACAGGAGAGAGGAACCCAUGGCUGCUCUUGGUGGGCUCAACUCCCAAACGUCCAUCCAGAUGGCCAACAUCUUAAAUAUGUUCAAGAUUCCACAGCUCAGCUAUGGCUCCUUUGAUCCAGUGUUGAGUGACAAAAUUCAGUUCCCUUCUUUCUACCGGAUGGUCCCAAAUGAAGAAAUUCAGUAUGUCGGGAUUGCUGGGCUGCUCAAACAUUUUGGAUGGAAUUGGAUUGGCCUCCUUGUCUCAGAGGAUGACAGCGGAGAAACUUUCCUUCGGACCCUCAGACCAAGGCUCCUGCAGAACACUAUCUGCAUUGCUUGGACUCAAGUGAUCCCAACAGUGACACCAUUUUUACCAAAUAAGAUACUCCAAGAAAAAUUGUUGCCGAUUAGUAAUACCCUCUUUUUGAGUGACAUCAAUGUGAUCCUUGUGUAUGGGGAUGGUCAGUCUGUGGAGGGUUUUCGAAUGGUUUUGUACUCAGCUGAGUUCUCUCAUAAGCGCCCAUUGGAAAGAGUAUGGAUCAUAGCUGCUCAAUGGGAUUUCACUGCUGCAUCCAAUGGGGCAAUGCUCACCACAAGGACUUUCAAUGGCACCUUGUCAUUUACAUUCCAUACAAAUCUGGUGCCAGGAUUUCAGGACUUUCUUGAGAGCAUCAAUCCAUUUCAAUCAACUAUUUAUUUCAUCCAGCAGUUCUGGAUUAGUGCGUUUCUCUGUUCGCUCCCACAAUAUAAUCUUUAUGUGCCGAACAAGGAAAGCUGCACUGGGGAGGAGAAGCUGGGAAGACUCCCUGGACCUCAGUUUGAAAUGGGGAUGUCCGGCCGGAGUUACAGUAUCUACAAUGCUGUUUAUGCUGUAGCACAUGCUCUCCAUGCCAUGGAUUCAUCGAGAGCCCUGAAGAAAGCAAGGGGAGAGGGGGAGAAAUGGAGCUUCCUGAAAGUUCAGCCAUGGCAGGAGAGCACCAUUGCUCCUGGCAGCAGGAGCAAAAAUGGAAUCGCUCUGCUGAGAGACUCUGUCACGGCAGCCAUGAUCCAAAGAGGCCAGGAUGAGGAUCCCCGAAGGCUAAUAUUGCCUCAUCAGCCCCUCCUCUGGAACAUCAGAUUUAACAAUAGUGCAAACGAAGAAAUAUCCUUCAAUGAGAAAUGGGAGCUUGCAAGUGGAUUUGAUAUCAUCAACCUGGUCACAUUUCCCAACCAAUCCUUCCAGAGAGUCCGAGUUGGAGAGAUGGACCCUCAAGCUCCUGCAGGCAAAAAGUUCAAAAUCAAUGCAAGUGCUGUUACAUGGAACCCCAAGUUUAAGCAGAUGCUGCCCAGUUCUACCUGUGUCAAGAGCUGCCACCCUGGACAGAGCAUGUUGAUCCAGCUGGGACAACAAAUCUGUUGCUAUGAUUGUUCUCAAUGUGCUAAAGAAAUGAUUUCAAUAAUGAUAGAUGCAGACCAAUGUCAGAAGUGCCCAGAAGAUCAGUAUCCAAACAAGAAACAGGACCAGUGUAUUCCUAAAGUCAUAAGUUACUUAUCCUAUGGGGAGCCUUUGGGGGCAGUUCUUGUUUCCUCGGCUCUUUUUCUUUCUGUAAUCACAGUUGUGGUGUCGUGGAGCUUCAUUCAACAUCAAAAUACUCCCAUCGUCAAAGCCAACAACUGGAGCAUCACAUGUGCCCUGCUCUGCUCUCUGCUGCUCUGCUUUCUCUGCUCCUUCUUGUUCAUAGGAAGGCCUGGGAAGGUGACCUGCCUUCUGAGGCAAACUGUGUUUGGCAUUGUCUUCUCCAUUGCAGUUUCUUGUGUGUUGGCCAAAACCAUCACUGUGGUUUUGGCCUUCAUGGCCACAAAGCCCGGAAACAGAAUGAGAAAGUGGUUUGGGAAGAAACUGGCAGUAUCAGUCAUCAUUCUCCCUUCUCUUAUUCAAGCUGGCAUCUGUGCAGUGUGGUUUGUAAUCUCUCCCCCCUUCCCAGAGUUUGACAUGCACUCCCAGAUUGGGCAGAUCAUAGUGCAAUGCAAUGAAGGCUCAGACAUCAUGUUCUACCUUGUCCUGGGCUACAUCAGUUUUCUUGCUAUUGUCAGCUUCACUGUGGCUUUCUUUGCCAGAAAGCUGCCCGAUACUUUCAAUGAAGCCAAGCUGAUCACCUUCAGCAUGUUGGUCUUCUGCAGUGUUUGGGUGUCCUUUGUGCCCACCUACCUAAGCACCAAGGGGAAAUACAUGGUGGCCGUGGAGAUCUUCUCCAUCUUGGCCUCUAGUGCUGGCUUAUUAGGUUGUAUCUUUCUUCCCAAAUGUUACGUUAUUAUAUUUCAACCUGAGUUAAACACUAGACAGCAGUUAGUGAGGAAAAAGAAUGAACAGCUUUGA